GGGACUAGUAGAAGGAUGACAUCCACUAUAAGUACCAGCUUCACCUUGAUUCCCAACCAGAAAUACAGGCGCAGUAGCCGUCGCUCCAAACCAUUCUGCAACACUGUGGACACAGAUUCCGAGUCACUGUCAACGCUCGGGAAUUUCAAAGCACUGCCAUUAGAGAUCUUUCAGAUGGUCUUGAAAUAUCUCUCAGUGAAGGAUAUCAGCAUGCUAAGCAUGGUGUCGAAAGCCGUCAGCAACCGCCUUAUUAAUUACAUCUCAACCUCAUCAGGAAACAGAAGGCUUUUACUGCAAGAUUUUCAUAACCUUGAGAUAUCUGGCAAGAGAGAAGGAUCCUGUGUAUUAGAACACUACAGAUCUCUAGGUUUGUUGCUUAAAAGAUGUACACUACUGCUGCCCACAAAAGACAGGCUAAAGUACAUACACAAGAUACUCUCAGAAGUUUCCUGUUUUAAACUCAGUGGUUGCCCAAGCCCGUUGCAUUGCUUGGGAUUACAAUGCUAUGGAGUGUUUUUACAGACCCUGACUGCAGGCUGGGAUGAGCUAGAAUGCCAUCGUGUUUUUAACUUCCUCUGUGAGCUGAGCAAUCUACCCCGCAAAGUACAGACAGUUGUCAGCAGCAAACCAGGAAGUGCCCGAAAGCUGGAAUUACGGAUAAGGUUAUUCUGUCGCAGUGUCCUGCUAAAUCACUGGAUUCAUCGAAGUGAUUCUGCAUUUUGGCUGACUCGUAUCUUAAAACCGUGGCCAAUGGUUAAUCAAGCCCGGCUGUUGUACAUCAUUUUUGGGCCAGUCUCCUCUCUAAAUGGACAUGUGGUUUGGCAGAAAAUGAUAGAAGGACCAACAGAUGAGACCAGUUUAAAGGGUCUAGCUGAUGCUAUUAAACUACUGUAUGACACAGAAGCUAAAGAGUGGACAGCAGAUGAUGUUAUCAGUCUUGUGGAUGAAUUGUCAGUGGUUCCCCGGGAGUGGCUCAUGGAGAAUAAUGCUCGCCUCCUCAUCCUGAGUGGGAACAACAUCUGCUUCACCUUCAUGGCUAGUAAAGCUGUGAAUGGGCGGGCUGUUGAGCUGGCCAGGCUAGUGGUCUUUCUGGCUUUGGUCUGUGAGAAGGACUUGUACUGCAUGGAUUGGGCAGUAAAAAUGAUGCAGAAAGUCUGCAAGGUUUUCAGCACUCCAGGCGAAAGGAAUAACUUCCUGCAGAGUGUGGAGAAUGCAUUUGCUCACAUGAUCAUGGACAUGCUACAGUCAGUAAUGUCUGGAGAUCAUGAUGAAGAAGACAGCAGCUUUUUGAAUUUGUUCCACCUUGUGAAUGCACAAGCUAACUUCCAUAAGGAAAUUCUGUAUCUGACCAUGAGAAGCACCUCUACCUAA